AUGCUCGUUCUCGCAAGAAGCAGGCUCACCACUACAGCACAGCACGCUAGUCGUCGCUUUUUCUCCAACAAGCAAGGCUUUGAUAGUCUUGUUUUAGGGGCUUACACAUCAGAAAAGCCAGCAUUAACCACACAGCAAGUGUCCAGCAAGACCAGAGACUUGCUUCAGAGUCAAUUAGCUCUAAGCAAAUUCAAGAAAGCAGGUGAUGUUCGUUUGUUUUACAACGUAGGUGGUGUCAAGCAAGUCGCUGUUGUGUCUUUGGGAGACAAUUGCAACCAGAAUCCACAUGAGAAGCAAGAAAGCGUUCGCAUGGCGACAGCCAUUGGUAUUCAAGCACUUCAAAAGCAAGGAUCUGUCUACACAGGUGUAGAUGUCUCGGUAGACAUCCAAGGAGCUGCUGAAGGUGCUGUAUUGGCACAAUUCUCAUUUGAUAAACUCAAGCAAAAGAAAAAGGAGGAUCAAGUGGACAGACAGGUGGAGCCCUAUCACUCGGAUGACAGUGUACACGAAGCCUGGGAGACUGGAAGACUCUACGGCGCUUCACAGAACGUAGCUCGCAUGUUGAUGACUUCUCCUGCUAAUCUAAUGACACCCAAGUUGUUUGCAGAGGAAGUAGCCUACUUGCUGGCUGGUUUGGAAAACGUGGAUGUCUUGGUGCAUGAUGAAGAAUGGGCUGCUCGUAAAAAGAUGAAUGCGUUUUUAUCAGUAGCAAAGGGCAGUGCUGAACCAUUGCGAUUCCUUGAAAUUCAUUACAAGGGAGCCAAGAACAAGGAUGAAAGCCCUUAUGGUCUCGUUGGAAAGGGUAUUACAUUUGAUUCGGGAGGCAUCUCGCUCAAACCCUCUACCAACAUGGCUUUGAUGAAGGGGGACAUGGGUGGCGCUGCUACCGUCGCUGGUGCUUUGUACGGUAUCUGUAAAAUGCAAUCGCCUGUCAACAUUGUAGCCAUGAUUCCACUGUGCGAGAAUAUGCCAUCUGGCAAAGCAACAAAGCCUGGCGAUGUUGUGAAAGCAAUGAACGGCAAAUCCAUUGAAGUAUUGAAUACGGAUGCAGAGGGAAGACUGAUUCUGGCCGAUGCACUCUCUUACAUCUCCACUAUGAAACCCAAACACAUUAUUGAUCUAGCCACCCUCACCGGUGCCAUGGAUGUCGCCUUGGGUCAAGUAUUUGCUGGCGUGUUUACCAAUUCAGAUACGUUAUGGCAUCAAUUAGAAAAAGCAGGCGAAUCCGUAUCAGAUCCUUUCUGGCGUAUGCCUAUUCACAAGGAUUACAUUCGAGAAAUGAAGCAAUCGUUGGUAGCAGAUCUAGGCAAUGUUGGAUUCCGCCGUUCCGGAGGCUCAUGUGCUGCAGCUGGGUUCUUGCAAGAGUUUGUUGAUAAGGACAUCCCCUGGGCUCAUAUUGACAUUGCAGGUGUCAUGGACUGUUCGUCUACCAAUGGCCACCACAUCAAGGGAAUGACAGGUCGUCCUACAAGGGCAUUGAUUGAGCUGUUACGAAACACAAUUCACCAAUAG